AUGACAACAAUAAACAACAUUAAAUGGAAAUAACACUCAUUGACUAACAAUUGUCAGCGCCCCUAGCGUGAACAUAUUUUAUAACUACUGUCAACGGGAGGUAAUUCACAUUACAUGGUUCUAAAACGCUGCCACGAUUCAAGCAGAUUUUAUUUCGUUAGCGUACAGACUGCACACAAAAAUGACGUGCGUUUCGAUUGCAUAUUUUCUGGAUAAUAUACCGCGUUAUAUUUAAAAGAGAGCAAUAACAAUUUUUUUUGUCACAUUUAAUAUUUAUGGUGUAAGACUUUCAUAAAAACCGAAGAAAACCUAAAAGGAAAAGAACAAGAAGACCUGUAUGGUUUGGGAUAGAAAUAUUUCAGAUUUUAUUUGUGAUUGAACAUUGUGGAUAAUCUAUACUGCUGCUUAUCUGGUCAAACAAUGUCGAAGGUUCGCCUCCAAUGCAGGCAAUACCAGCGUUACUUUUACCAUCAUAAAGAGGGACCUCACAAAAAUUACAUUCCGAAGCAGCAGCUUUACCAGCAACACAAAAAUUGUUACCAACUACAACAGACUUCAUUAAACAUUGUCAACGAAAUUUUUUUGGCUAUAGUCAAUCUGAUAACUUCCAGUGGAUUCCCUCUGUGUACAUUUCCUGUUUGAAAAACAGUCGAAAAAUAUUUCCGAGACCUUAUCACCUACUGUGAUUCUACUCUGAUCUAUAUCAUCAUUAUCUGUCCAUUUCAGGACGUGACCCUCACAACAUUGUGAGGGGAAGAUGAGUGUAAAACUAAAAAUAAGAGAGAUAAAACCCUCAAGUUCUUCAGCAUCAUCUUCAACCACAUCGGGAUGCAAUCCGAAUUUGGACGGUCUUGGUAGUGCCUGCUCAGAUGGCAGUUCUAGUUCUGGGUUAACAUCGCGGACAAAUAAUUUAGGAGUACGGGCGGGUCGUUUCGGCCACCUGAAACUUAUACUCCUGUUUCUCUUCAAACUGGUUGUUAAAUUCUGGAGUAUCUGUACUACAGCUUUGUUUAUAAUAUUCUUAAUAUUCUGGUUCUACGGUGGACUUAUCACUUUGCUUCUUGUAAUCAUAGCUUCUCUUGGCUUGUUGUAUCAUGGGCAGGACAUGUUAAUUUAUUAUCCUCAACAACCACGAAAUGCCAGAAUCUAUGUUGAUAUGCCGAGCUUGCUUAAACUGCCAUUUGAAAGCAGCUACCUUCAGACCAAAGAUGGUACCAGUAUACAUGUAGUACUUAUCAAACAACCCAGCUAUUCUUCUGUGACUGCCCCUACUGUGAUAUUUUUCCAUGGAAAUGCUGGAAACAUUGGUCACCGGUAUAUAAUUAUUUUUAUUAAUUCAUUGCAAUAUUACACAUGUAUCUAAGCUAGUUAGAUUUUU